GAGGGAGUGUGCGGAGGCGGCGGCGGGGAUCAGGGUGUACCUGCCCGAGCUGCGGCAGGUGCGGGAGCUGCUGGGCCGCGCCUCGCAGUGGCUGCGGCGGGCGGCGGAGGCGCGGGCGGCGCAGCCCCAGCCGCCGCUGCGGGAGAUGCGGCUGCUGCUGCAUGCGGGCGAGCGCAUGGGUGUUGAGAUGCCGGAGGCGGAGGGCCUGCGUCAGGCCAUUCGCCGUCGCGAGUGGGAGGAGGGCGCCCGGCGGCUGCUGGCUGCCCCGCACAAGGCCACUCUGCAUGGUCUGGCGGAGGUGCUGGAGGAGGCGGCGGUGAUGGGCGCACAGGGCGGGGAGGUGUACGAGCAGCUGCGGGGGCGGGUGGUGGCGGCUCGGCGGUGGGACAGGAGGGUUGAGGCGCUGUUGGCGCUGCCUGGGGAGCUUCCGACUGGGGGGGAGGAGGAGGCGGAGGAGGAGGGGGAGAGGGAAGGGAGGAAGGAGGGGAGGAGGGAGAAGAAGGGGCGGCGUCGAGGGCAGCAGCAGGAGGUGGAGGGAGGAGGGAAGAGCGAGGAGAUGAAAAAGGAGGAGGCCCAGUUUUAUGAAGAUCUGCGGGCCAUUUUCGCUGGCACAGUACUUGAAGAAUUCGUAAAGAAGGAGGAGGAGGAUGUGGAGGUUAGUAAAGAGGAGGAUGAAAGCGAGGAGGAGGAGGAGUCAGAGCAGCAGCCUGAGCAGCAGCAGCAGCACC